UUGAUUAAUAGUAUUAUAAAUUCAUUGAAAAUGGUAUCUGAAGUUAUAUAUGCACUUUGCAAACUCGCCGGGAAUGUAAAACGUUAAACUGUUAUAUGAUUAUACUUCCAGUUGUAUGUAUCUCUUUUUAAAACAAACUCACUUUUGUUGCUUGCGUUGUGAUAUCUUGGCGGCAAUAGAAAGGAGAGAGGGAAAAGAAGGUAGGAGAAAGGUAAAAGUAAACAGUGAAAUGAAGAAAGAAUUAAAGUAGAAGGAGAAUAGUUUUUAAAGAUAUUAAAACGUCUGUAAAAGACGAUUCCCAAAAGGAAUCAGUAAACGAUUCCAUUUUAAUGUUCAUGUAAAAUAUUAAUAGUAAGGUUGUUGAAGACCUUAUUGUAAAUUCAAGAUUUUCGCGAAAAUUUUCUUUAUAGACACAUUUGUGAUGUGAUGAACGAGAUUUUAUUGAUGUAAUUCUUUGCAAUAUAAAGACUUGCAGAAUGGCUUCUAAUAUGCAAUCUUUCCCGCGAAUGCUGAAAAUGUUGCGGGAAAAUAGCAAUAUCAAGGAAAAACGUGAAGCUUUAACCUAUAUUCGCAGUAACAGCAAGAAAUUAGAAUCUACACAAGUUAUUAAAGAAGAACAAUAUAAAGAAUUAUGUAAACUAAUUGUAGAUGCAUUUGCAAAUGGAAAUAAUGACAUACAAAAUGAAGCAUACGAAACAUUAAAUGUAGUUAUUCAAGAGUUUAAAGACCAUACUUUGAAUCUAUUUGAAGCUAUAUCACAGAUAAGUCGAAAACAUAGAUUAAAAAUUCUAAAAUUAUUAGAAGUAGUUGAAGAAAAUGCUAUAUCAACAUUUGUACAUGAUCCACAUGCUGUAAAUUUUUUUAAUAAUUGUAUGUGUGCAGUACAAACAAAUACAAUGCCAUGGAUUGCACCAACUGCAUGUGUAGAUAAUCUUCAAGCAUUAAUAGAUGCUGAAAGUAGUAAACCAUUAUCAGAUGACCAAAGAUUAGAAGAAGAAACAGUUAAUUAUUGCAUAACUUUUUUAAGAAGAUUAUAUAAAGUGGCUGCAGUAACAUCAGAUAUUAAAGUUCAAAGGUUUAAUGCAAUAUUAAUAGAUAAAGUAAUGAUAUUAGCUUAUAUGGGACAUAAACGACAACGAGGUCCUGCUUUAAAACUUUUACAACAAGCUCUAACUGCAAAUAUAUUACCACAUGUUCGUACCAAACUAGCAUCUGCAUGGACUCGAUAUAUAGAAGCAUUACAGUCUACAUACUGCAAACGUAUGUUACUUUUAGUAUCUGCAUGUGAAUUAGAUUGGGCUACACAAUGGAAUGUUAGCAUCCAGUUCCUUGGUGUGGAUCUUCAUCGUGGUGCUGGUUUAAUAAAUAAUUUAUUAAGUGUAGAAGAAAAGGCAUUUAAAUCUACUGAUACAAUUAUACGCAGGCAAGCAUUCCUUUCAUGGAAAUUAUUGGUGGACAAUUUCGCCUUAGAUCCACAUGAACUUGCUAGUGCUAGAAGAAUAAAGUUGUUAUGUAUUCCAUUGAAUGCUAAAAAUAGUAAGACUGAAUUAAUAGCAUUGACAAAAUUGGAGGUCUGGUGGCAUGUGAUUAUUAAACUUUAUAAAGAUAUUUCUAAAUUUGUUAAUCCUGUAAUUACACAAUUCUUAAACUUUUGUUUUGGACCUCUUGGAGAUACACCAUUAUUAUCUUCGAAAUUUGACAUAGUAGCUUCUCCAGGAAAGAGAUUCUUUAAAACAAAAGUUGUUGCAGUAGAUGCUUUAUAUCAAUUUCUUGUUUCAAAACAAGAAAAUCAUACAGCUCCAGUAUUAGAAGAAAGACUUCCAUAUCCUAUCUCUGAUGCUAUUUUUCAAGAAUGUUAUAAAAGUAUAAUUCACAGUGUAGGAGAAGUUUUACUUGUUUUUAGUCAACUUACAGAUGAAGAAAUGAAAAACAGAUAUCAAGUUGGUAAAAUAUUAUGGAAAAGUUUAGUCAAUUAUAUACGCGAAUCAAAAUUGGAAGAUAAGUCUAUUAUGUACAAGGAUAUAACAUUAGUUAUUACAGAAUUAACAAAUUAUGCUAAAAAUAAACCAAUGAUUAGAAAUUUAAUUCUUGAUACAAUUUUAUUUGAAAUUGCUGAUUUAAGUAUAGAUUUUAAUUUUCAAGAUGAUACAUUAUCAAAGUUGGUGUUUAAACUUCUACAAAUUCCAAUUUUAAAUGAAGCUAAAAAGGAUCAUUAUAAUGCAUUAAAAUGUCUUUUCUGGCAAUGUAUUAAAUCUCAAAAGGAAAAUAUCUAUUAUUCACAUGCAUUUAAUUGCUUAAAAGAAAUGUAUGAAAAAUUACAUGCACUAUUAAAUAUAGCAAAUAAAAACGAAUCUAUCAUUUUUGAAUUAUGGCUUAUGUUAGGGGAUGUGUUAGGAAAAUAUAUGAGUGAUAUUCAAGAAAUUAAUGAAGGAACUACUACAGAACAUAAUUUAAAAACUGUUCAAUCUAUUGUAGUAUUUCCAUUUAUGUAUAUACAUUUACAAGAUCAAAAACAAAUUCAAGAAUUAGCAAAAGCUUGGAAAUAUUUAUAUAAACAUUUUGAAAUGCGAACAGACCUUAUAACAACUGUAAAAUCUAACGAAAUUUUAUUAAGUAUUGCAAGUAUUAUGCAACAUUCUAUAACAAAAAACAAAGAAUCUCCUUAUCUUACUAUAUACUGUUUGGAUAUUUUAUUAAGUACUAUCAACUAUAAGUUAUUACUGGUAAAUACAGAAAUUCCAUCUGUUAUACAUCUUAUUGUGGAUCUUAUAUUAUAUUUUUUAUCUGAAAAAGAAGCUAAAGAAUGUGAACUUGCUCUUAAAGCAAUGUCAGCUACAAUUAUUACUAUUUAUGGACAUAAUCCAGAAAAAAUAACACCAUAUUUGCAAGUUUGUAAAUCUGUAAUUGAACUUAUACUUCAAUCUGAAUUAGAAAUGUUAAACAAAGAAGUAGCAAAUACAUGGGAAAGUAUAAUUAGCAUUUUUAAAGAACUUGGUAAAGUGAUAAAUUAUGACCUUUUUUCAUCUUAUAAAAAACUUAUUAUUCAAGCUUUAAAUCAUUCAAAUGUUGAUAUACAAAUUCAAACUGCAUCUCUUUUUGAAUCAAAAAAUGUAUUCAGUGAUAGCAUUAAAUUAUUGUUGGAAGAAAUAGAAAAAGAAACAGGGAAAGAUAAAAUAUUAAACAUAGCAGAAAUUACAAAAAAGAAACAUGCUCAAAUUGAGAAAUUACCAAAUCAAAUAAAAAUAGUUGGUAGUUUUUUAAAAGGAUCUAAUAGUCCAAAUUUGAUAGUUAAAGAAUCAGAUAAAAAUAUGGAUAAAAAUACAGGAAAGAAAGCAUCAAUUGAUUCUGAUUCACAGGAUUAUGUUUUUAUUAAAACAGAUUUAAAAUUUGAUGUUAAUCGUUUAACAGAACAUCAAAAAGAGUCUUUAAAACGUAGAAGAGAAGAUAUACCAGCAUUAUAUAAUGAUUUGUCGCAAUCUUCUUCACAAGAUACUCAAAAUUUACAAGAAUGGUUUGACAAAAAAAAUAAAAUUUUUGAAGAAACAGAAAAGGAAAAUAAUAAAAAGGAUAAUGUAUCAAUAAAAAAUAUUUUGGAUGAUGAUGCAAAUAAAGAAAACAAAAUUGAAAUACAAGAAUUAGAAACAAUUAAUAAAUCAUUUAUUGAAACAGAUACAAAAUCAAUGGAUAGUGUUGAACGAAAUAUAGCAUUAGAAUCUGUACAAAAAACAAAAGUUAAUGUAGACAAUAAUGAAAUUUUACUUAUAGAAAAACAAACGGCAAUAGUAGAAAAUGCUUAUGACAAUGCGGAAGCAAAAACUUCAGCAGAUUUUGUAUCGAAAAACUUAGAUACUAAUAUCCAAGAAGAAUUGUUAAAAAAUAAAGAUGACCAAAGACUAUCUCCGUCUGUAUUAGAUAAUAGUAAGCGGCGCAAUCGUUUCAAUAUUACUGUAAAAUCUACUUUGCCAAAAUCGGAAGAAAUUGUUAGUAAUCAACCAGAACAAUAUUCAAAUACAACUGAAGUUUUGCAAAGAACAUUAAGGACAAAAGUAAUUCAAAGCAAGUCUGAAACAACCAAUAAACAAAAAGCUUCGGAAAAUAUAGAAAAUAAAUCGACCAAAGAGGAUAGAAGAGGUAUUAAACGUAAAUUGGAUAAUGAAAACGAAGGAACUAAUCUGCGUCAACGGAGAAAAUUGAUGGAUACGACUAGUGAUGUUGAUAGCUGUAAAUCUUCAGAAAAUGAUAAAAUUUCGAUAAAUGAAGCGAAUUUGAGUCAACGUACAAGAAAUGAGAUAUCUCGUUUACGUAUAAAUAUGGUAUUUGAUACUCCUUUAUCAACUAGUCGUCGAUCUAAGAGUCACGAAGAUACUAAAGAUAAUAAAGAAUUCAUUGCUAAAAAAUAUUCAAUAGAAAAUAAAAGUGCUAAAUUAAAAGCUGGAGAUAUAAAAGUAAGUGAUGCAAAGAAAGUUCAAAAACUUAAUGACAAAGAAUUAAAAGUUAAGGCCAAACCAGGAAGAAAAAGAUCUGAUGAAAAAUAUUUAAUAAAAAAAGAUAAAAAAAAUGAGUCAGAAGAGCAAAAAAAAGUGGAAGAAAAGAAAAAAGAAGAAAUUAAACAUGUAGAAGUUAUUUCCAAAAAUACAACAGAUAAUAAAUGCGAUUCAUUUGAUGAAAAAUCUAUUGAAUCCAACGAUGAUGUUAAACUCAAUGAAAGUAAAAGUCACACUCAGGAUGAUAUGGAAGAUGUAAUAGAAGAUUCACAAGGAUUAUCAAAAUUAGGCAGAAAUAGAUUGUUAAAAGUAAAACUUGAAAUCAAUAAAAUUGAAGAUAUAAAAAAAAUUUCACAGCAUAAUAAGAAUGAACUAAAAGAAGAAAUAGAUAAAGAAAAAGAUGAAAAAAAACAGAAAGAAACUGUACAGACAGAAAUUAUUUCAAAAAAUAUAGAUAAUAAAUGUGAUUUACUUGAUACAAAAAAAUCUAUUAAAAUUAAUGUUGAAAUAGUUAAUAAUAAUAACAACCAGAAUAAUAAUGAUAAUCAUAAUAAUAAUAAUAAUCAUAACCAUAAUAAUAUAAAUGAUGAUAUUAAAUCAGAUAGUAAUAUACAAACUAUAAAUCAAGAUCAUGAAUCCAUUGAAGGAAAAAGUCAAAUUCAGGAUGAUAUGGAAGAUAUAAUAGAGAAUUCACAAGAAUCAUCUGAAUUAGAGAAAAAAUAUGAUGAAAAGCAAUAUUUCAUAAAAAUAAAUAGAAUUGAAGAUAUUUCUUCUUCAAUGAAAUGUCAUGAAAUUACAAUUGAAGAUGAGGAAGUAUCUGAAAUUAUUUUAAAUAAUUGUGAUAAUGACAAUAUUGAAGUUCCUAAAGAUAAUAUUAAGGAAUUUGAAGAAACCAAUGAAAUUAAUAUGAUUGAACCAAAGAUUUCUUCUUCUGUUAUUGAAAAUAAUUUAUGUGAUAAUGAAAAGGAUACUAUAGUUGAUGUGCAAAAAGUAAAUGACGGAUUAGUGUCUAAAUCUUUGCUCGAAUUUUCCUCACCUAAAAGUACUAUGAAACGUCAGGCAAAAUUUAAAUCCUAUUCAUCUUAUUCAACACAAGGACGUGCUGCUCAUAUGAUAGGAUUAGUAACAAAACAAGCUAGAAUGGAAACUGAAUCCUGUGUUAUAAAUUUAGAUGAUGAAUUAGUAGGUAAAAAAAUAAAAUCCAAAGAUACAGAUAAUGAUAUAUUGCUUGGAAAGAAAGAACAAGGAUCUGUAUUGAAAGAGGCUGAUAAAAUAACAGCAUUAUGUAGUAGCAGACAAGAAAAAAUUUUUAAUAAUAUGAGAUCAACAGAUUAUUGUCCUUCACCUCCAAUAAAAUUAUUUUCUAAUUUGAAAAAUGAUGGAGAAAAAAUUUUUUCAAAAACAGAUAAAUCAAUAGAUAAUGCACUUAUACAAAAUGAUAUACAAACUGAUAAAAUAGGAGAAGAAACUCUUGAAACAGAUGAAUUACCGAUUUUGGAAUGGUCAAAUGCAAAUCCACCUUCAUUAAAUGCAAGUCCAAGUGCAAGUAUAUUGAAACGUCAACGGCAAUAUUUUCCAGAAUCUGAUUCAGAUAUAACUCCUAAUAAGAGAAAAAGAGUAAGUUUUGCGGAUCCUCCGGUUUCGAAAGAAAUGGGAUAUGAAAUUACAUCUACUGAUUCACCUCAUAAAAUUAAUAAAUUUACAUCACGCGGAUUAUUAGCACGUAAAGAUUCGUCAUUAAGAUUAAAACAAAUUAAACAAAAAUUAACAUCAGUUGAUUCAGAUAAAUUAGAAAAAAGUGAAGAAAUUGAUAUGACAAAUGUAUCUGAAGUUGACUUACAAUGUGAAAGAGAAAAUGAAUUAUUAACAAAAAUAGCUGAAGAAUUAGAAUAUUCAGAGAAUGUCACAAUAGAUAGUGAUGUACAAACAUCAUGUGAUUCUGCAGAAAAUGAAUCAAUAAAUACCGUUCCUAUAAUAGUUAAUAAAGAUAAUAAUAUUAAAAUUAAUAAUUUAAAUGUUGAAUUUGAAAUUACUCAACAUAUAGAAUCAAUAUCUACGAAUAAGAUAGAUCAAAAUAAAGAAGAUAAAAUUUUAGAAAGAUCAAAAAAUAAUAUUAAUUUAGAAAAUAAUGAGUUUAAUGAUUCAGCAACACAAACAGAUAUAUUUGGAAUAGAUGCAAAAGAAACUAGUACAGAGACUUCUAUUAAUAUUGACACAAAUGCUAUACAAAACACAUCUAUUAAAAAUAAUACAUUAGAUCUGCUUAAAUUCAAUGAGAAUGAUUCUAUAAUAGAACAUUCAUCAGAAAAAUGUAUAAAUUCUGAAAAUUUAGAAGAUACAGCAGAUGCAGCAAAUCUUACUGAAUUGAAUUCUUCUGCAAAUUUAGAUGAAAUUUUUUGUGGAAAAUUAAUAAGAACCAGUACACAAUCAACAGAAAAUUUACAUGAACAAGAUACUUUACCAGUCACAGAUUCAGUAUUUGGUAGUUUACCUUUGAGUCAAGAUAGUCAAUGUACAAACGAAUUUAAUAUAGAAAUUUCACAUCCAGAAUUAUUAGAUUCAAUUCAACCUAUAUAUCCUACAUUAAUAUCGUGUAAGGAACCUAUCACAUCUAUCAUUGAACAUUUGACUAAUCCUCUUUGGGUGCAACAUUUAUCUACAUAUUUUAUAAAUAGAAAUAUUCAAUCUAUUGGUGAUCUUGCACAAUUAUCUGAACGUGAAAUAAAUAGAAUACCAGUUAAAGGUAAUUCAAAAAUUGAAUUUGUAAAAAGUGUAUUAAAAUGCUUCGAAAAAAAAUAUAUUUCAAAAGAAUUAAAUAAUACAAUGGAAAAUGUAGAUAACGUUUUAAACAAUGAAAUAUCACGUUCUGUAAAUAUUAAUGUACUUUCAUCUACACUGAAAGUAUCUCAAGAUCAAAUAUUAAAAGACAUUACAACAAAUAUUGAUGAAACACAUAAUAAAUUAAAUCAUAAUGUAACAUUAAAUCAACCAAGUUCUAGUAGAACUUGUAACGUUAUUAUAACCGAUAAAAAUACAGAAACGACUGUAUCAAAAUCAUCAGAUAUAACAUCAUCAGAUAUAAUACAAAUUAUAAAUAUACCAAUAUCACCUAAAAUAGUUACUACAUCAGAAAAUAUUAUUGGAAAUUCUAUCCCUUUUGUUAGAAGUGCAAUAUCAUCUAUACAAACAACAAAAACUGUUGGAACUUGUACUAGUAGUGAUUCUAUUUAUCUAUCUAAGACAGGAGUGAAUAAAGCAACAAAAUCGGUCGCAGCACAAAUGGCUUUGGAAGAUUUGUUAGAUGAAAUAGAUGUUAAUUUAGUGCUAGAAAGUGCAGCAAGAAGAUGCACUCCAGAUAAACUUCUUAUUCAAUAUAAGGAUAAAAUGAGACAUGUAUCGCAGGUAGAACUGGAAACUGAAACUAUCAAAAUACUUGGCGCUGAAAAUAGAAAGAAUUGUAAUGAAAUAACAUUGAAAGCAGCAUGUCGCGCUUGUGGAAUAAAUAAAGUUUUACUUCGACUUCCUGAUAUUUUCAGUACUGACAAACAAUUUUUCGUAAAGGUAUUGAAUGCUUACAAAAAAAAGAUAAAGACUAGUGAUUGUAUGGAUAUUCUUGAUUUUAACGAAGUUAAGGAUGCUGUUUGUCAAAAAUGUACAUCUUCAGAAUUUGCUGAAAUGUUGUCUAAAAAAUUAAAAGAAGAAGAGCAAGAAGGAAUAAGAAAACCUAUGACAGAAUUAUCUAGUUUAGAUGCAAUGUUGAAAAGAAUGCCAAUGGAUGUAAUCAUUAGUCAUACAGUGGCAAAUGAUGAAUUAAUACCAUCACGUGUCGUUUUAGACAUAGCUUUACAAAAUAAUAGUCCAACUGAUAUAAUACAAGCUUUGGAAUCUCAAUCCUCUGUGGUUACUCAAAAUGUUUUCAACAAACUUUGGUCUUCCCAAUUUGCAAUCGAAUAUAUUAAUCAAUGUAAAUCUAAGGAGGAUUUAUUAAAGAUUUUCAAAGCAAUUAGCUUAAAACUCAGUCAGCAAGAUCUUCUUCAAGCAUUUUAUGAAUCUAUGAAUGUUAAAUUAAUGGUAAAGCAGGAAAAUGAUUAAAGUUCACAUUUACAUUUACAGAUUCUUCUGUAUAAUAAUUUUUAUCAUUAAUAUUGUUUAUAAACGUAAAUUGAUUCUCAAUAAUAUGAUCCUCGACAUUAAAAUGUAUUAUAUAAUAUUUUUUCUUCUCUAACUAAGUUUCAUGAAGAAAUCUUUUAGUGAUAUUAUAUUACAGUAUAAUGACAAGUAAUAUGACAUUUAUUAACGAGUACUAAAAUGUAGAAGAUAUUUAUUUAAAAAACGAUUAUUUUUUUUCAUUAUGAUUUAACAUUUUUAAAUCCCAAUUAAAAUUAUGUCGAAUUUUAAUGUUCGACUUGAUUAACUGUGUUCAUUAUAUAUUUAUUAUAUUCUCAUGUAAAGUUUAUUACACAAAAAAGAUAUCUAGUUUCAUUAAUAUCAAUUUGCAUAUGAUUUAUUUCAUAUAAAGAUAUAACAUGUUUAUAAUUUGCUAUCAUUCUUAUUUUUAUUUUAUAAAAUAUUAUUGAAAAAUUUUCCAUCCAAUGAUAUAAUAUAUAAUAAUUCCAAUCAUAAUUAAAAUUCACUUUUUAUUAAUGAUUUUUGACUACAAUUUUACAAGUGAAUUAAAAUAGUUAUUCUUAAUUAUGUAAUUAUUAGUUCACUUAUAUAGAAAAGCACUUAAUUACACAUAUAAAUAUAUAUACAUGUGUAACAAAUAUUUGUUUUUUCUUUUAUCCUUUGACGGAUACAUUAUAAACAAUUUAACGUUUAUAAUUGAAUUAAUAAUUAAUAAUUCUAUUGAAUAAAAAUUCCUAGUAAAAAAAUUGUAUUCAAUAAAUUAAAAUAAUUUAUUAUGACUCAGAAUAUAUAUGCUUUCGCCGAUGGAUUAAUAAAAACAUUUCUUAUUUUAACUAAUUAUCAUAUCAUUAGUUUAUUUUUGACAUUUUGAAAUAAAAAAUAUUUUAUUAUAUAUUAAUAUUAAUUGAAAAAUUAAAAUAUUAUUUCUGCAAAAAUAAAUUUUUUUAAAUAUACUAUAUAUAUGUAACAUUUAGCAGACAAUAUUGUAAAUAUUACACAUGUAUAUUAAAAUAAUAAUUAUUGAAAAAUAUCAAUAAUCAUUUUGCUAUGUAUCGAUUACCAUAUUAUUAAUUUGUUCAGAAUAGAUAUAGUCGAGGAUCGGAUAUAAAUGAUUAUCAUUUGAUAAUUGUUUUUCAAUUGAGAUAUAAUUUUCAAAAUUAAAUUUUUACUUCUUAUAGAAUUCUUGCUCUAUCUUUUGUUUUGAAUUAAGUAAAAAGGAAAAAAGAUUAAAACGAAAUUAAAAAAAGGAAAUUUACAAUUUAAUAUUUACUAAUUUUUGCUUUAAUGUAAAAUAUUUCUUAUGCAAAUUAUAAAGUAUUUUGCAUAAAGUGGUAUAGAUUAUAUAUUUGACAUUUUUUUUUGCGUAAAGAUAAAAAUGUACUUUGUAAGUAAUAUUUUGCAAUUAUUUGUGUUGAAAGUGAAAAAUCUUAAGAUAAUUCAAAUAUAUUUUCAAAAAUGAAAUAGAGUCAAAUAAGUUUAUACUUUCUAUUGAAACCUUGUUUGUAAAGUAUACUAAGUUCAUUUUUUGAAUUAUUAUUGCUAAUAUUAAAAUUAUUUUAUAUAGUGAAUUUUAUAAUAUCUCUCAUCAUUAAUUGUAUCAAAAUUUCACUGGUUGUAAUAAGGGCCAGUUCUUUCAUUAAAUAUUAUAUUAUUUCUUAGGACGUUUAGUUUGUGUACACAUAUGUAUAACACCUCAACAUUACGUAAUAUGUAAACAAGAAAAUUAUUAUUUUUAUAUUAUUAUUGAUUGCCAAUUAUUUCUCAGUUCAUUGUAUGAAUAUGAUAAAUUUAUUUCUUAAAAUCUUUUUUAUCGAAACUUUGUUCGUUUACUAUUAAACAAUGAACAAGUAUUUAUUAUUCAUGGAUUAAAUUUUUAUGUUGGGAUGUUAUAUAAUUUAAAAAAAAAAAUUUUGUACAUAUGAUAUUUAAUAUUCAUCAUAUCGCUAUAAGAAAAAUUAUAUAUAUAAAAAGAAAAAUAAAUAAAAAAAAAAAGGAAUGUUAAAUACAAUACAACAGUAAAUGGUUAUUGUAAGUGGAACAUUGAUUUAUUAUUAAUUGUAAGAAAUAAUAAGCUUUAAAUAUUAGAAGUAAGCAUUUUUACAAUGUUCUCGAGAUAUGGUGACUACAUGUCAAUCGUUAUACAUAAGUGAAUGUUACGAUCGAUGUGAAAUGUACGAGUGCCUCGAACGAACAAAUUUCUGUGCAUUUUUGACUAUCGAAGUUUCAAAUUUAACUUUCAUUUCAUGAAGAUUAAAAUAUAAUAAUAAUAAUUAUUACAAUAACACAAUAAUAAUAAUAAUAAUAAUAAUACCAUAAUGAUAAUAAUUUUCAUUAGCGAACGUAGCAAAUUAUGUGUUCAUGAUUAAUCGCCAUUUUUCCAUAUAUGUUAUAAAUUAAUUGUCUAAUUGUAAGUAAAUGUUUAAACAGCAUAGUAUGUUUUUUUAAUACGAAGAAUAAUAUUUCUUUCUUCAUUUUUAUUAAUUAAAUUUUAAAAUUAAUUUCUUUGAAUCUUUUGAAAUUUUUAAACGAAAAUAUAAAAAAAAAGUAGAUAUUAGUCAAAUAUUGUAUUUAUUUUGAAACAUAGUUCUUUUCAGUUAAAAUUAAGAAGAACAAAUUUGCUUCAUUUAUUUUUCUAAAGAAUUUUGAUUUAUUUAAUAAUUUUGCUAUUUUUAAAUCGUUUGAUACGAUAUUGUUGAUUAGAAAAAUCUUAUUUGUAACAAGAAUAUCUGUCUAUGUAUUUAUUCGUGUGAAUCUUAAAUUUAAAUUAUUCGUAAAUCGUAUUUUUCUAUUUAAUCUGAUUCAAAGGAGAUAUCAAUACACGUUUGCUAAUUCAUUAAUAUAUAGAUACAUAUGCAUAUACAUGUACGUAUAUAAAUAAUUUUAAUCAAAUGACAGUAUAUAGGUUUUCUUGGGUCUUAAAUAACAUAAUACGCGUAGUAAUAAGAAAUUAUGCAAUAGCUUGUACACGUAUCCAUUGUGUGACCUGUAAUGAUAAAUCAAUAUUUUAUACAAAAUUGAUAAGAUAUAAUAAAUAAGUUUUAUAGUCA